CGGGCGGCGGCGGCGGCGGCGCACGGCGGCGGCGGCUCCACUUUCCAGGACUCAGGGGCGGCGACAGCGCCAGCCGCGGGCAGCAGGCUGGGCAGCCGGAGCUGGAACGGCCGGGCGCGGCGGCGGCGCCGGGGGAUCUAAAAUGUCCACUGAGGCACAAAGAGUUGACGACAGUCCGGGCACUAGUGGAGGAAGCUCCGAUGGAGACCAGCGUGAGAGUGUCUAGUGGGAACCAGAGAGAGAGCAGGUUCAGCCGAAGAAGAAGGAGGGGAAGAUAUCCAGCAAAACAGCUGCUAAACUGUCUACUAGUGCUAAAAGAAUUCAGAAGGAACUUGCAGAAAUUACGUUGGGCCCACCCCCCAACUGUAGAUUUUCAGAGUAAUCUCCACAAAGUGUACCAGGCUAUAGAGGAGGCCGACUUCUUCGCCAUCGAUGGGGAGUUUUCAGAUCUAGGAAUCAGCGAUGGACCUUCAGUCACCGCAUUAACAAAUGGUUUUGACACUGCAGAAGAAAGGUAUCAGAAGCUUAAAAAGCAUUCCAUGGACUUUUUGCUGUUUCAGUUUGGCCUUUGCACUUUUAAGUAUGACUACACAGAUUCAAAGUAUAUAACGAAGUCUUUUAACUUCUAUGUUUUCCCGAAACCCUUCAAUAGAUCCUCACCAGAUGUCAAAUUUGUUUGUCAGAGCUCAAGCAUUGACUUUCUAGCAAGCCAAGGAUUUGAUUUUAAUAAGGUUUUUCGCAACGGAAUUCCGUACUUAAAUCAGGAAGAAGAAAGACAGUUAAGAGAGCAGUAUGAUGAGAAGCGUUUGCAGUCCAACGGCGCAGGUGCUCUGUCCUACACGUCUCCUAACACUUCAAAGUGUCCCGUGACAAUUCCUGACGAUCAGAAGAAGUUUAUUGACCAAGUAGUAAAGAAAAUAGAAGAUUUAUUACAAAGUGAAGAGGACAAGAACUUGGAUUUAGAGCCAUGUACUGGGUUCCAAAGAAAACUGAUUUAUCAGACUUUGAGCUGGAAGUAUCCCAAAGGCAUUCAUGUUGAGACUUUAGAAACUGAAAAGAAAGAGCGAUACAUUGUUAUCAGCAAAGUAGAUGAAGAAGAACGCAGAAGAGAGCAGCAGAAACACGCUAAGGAACAGGAAGAACUGAAUGAUGCCGUGGGAUUUUCUAGAGUCAUUCAUGCCAUUGCUAAUUCGGGGAAGCUUGUCAUUGGACACAACAUGCUCUUGGAUGUCAUGCACAUUCAUCAGUUCUACUGCCCUCUGCCCGUGGACUUAAAUGAAUUUAAGGAGGUGACAACAUGUGUUUUCCCCAGGCUCUUGGAUACAAAAUUGAUGGCCAGCACACAACCUUUUAAGGAUAUCAUUAACAACACAUCCCUUGCAGAAUUGGAAAAGCGGUUAAAAGAGACACCUUUCAACCCUCCUAAAGUUGAAAGUGCAGAAGGCUUUCCGAGUUACGACACGGCUUCUGAGCAGCUCCACGAGGCCGGCUAUGAUGCUUAUAUUACAGGACUGUGUUUCAUCUCCAUGGCCAACUACCUAGGUUCUUUUCUUGGUCCUCCAAAGAGUCAUGUAUCUGCCAGAUCAAAACUCAUCGAACCUUUUUUUAACAAGUUAUUUCUUAUGAGAGUCAUGGAUAUCCCCUAUCUAAACUUGGAAGGACCAGACUUGCAGCCUAAACGUGAUCACGUCCUCCAUGUGACAUUCCCCAAAGAAUGGAAAACCAGCGACCUUUACCAGCUUUUCAGUGCCUUUGGUAACAUUGAGAUAUCCUGGAUUGAUGACACGUCAGCAUUUGUUUCUCUCAGCCAGCCUGAACAGGUACCAAUUGAUUUUCAGAGUAAUCUCCACAAAGUGUACCAGGCUAUAGAGGAGGCCGACUUCUUCGCCAUCGAUGGGGAGUUUUCAGGAAUCAGCGAUGGACCUUCAGUCACCGCAUUAACAAAUGGUUUUGACACUGCAGAAGAAAGGUAUCAGAAGCUUAAAAAGCAUUCCAUGGACUUUUUGCUGUUUCAGUUUGGCCUUUGCACUUUUAAGUAUGACUACACAGAUUCAAAGUAUAUAACGAAGUCUUUUAACUUCUAUGUUUUCCCGAAACCCUUCAAUAGAUCCUCACCAGAUGUCAAAUUUGUUUGUCAGAGCUCAAGCAUUGACUUUCUAGCAAGCCAAGGAUUUGAUUUUAAUAAGGUUUUUCGCAACGGAAUUCCGUACUUAAAUCAGGAAGAAGAAAGACAGUUAAGAGAGCAGUAUGAUGAGAAGCGUUUGCAGUCCAACGGCGCAGGUGCUCUGUCCUACACGUCUCCUAACACUUCAAAGUGUCCCGUGACAAUUCCUGACGAUCAGAAGAAGUUUAUUGACCAAGUAGUAAAGAAAAUAGAAGAUUUAUUACAAAGUGAAGAGGACAAGAACUUGGAUUUAGAGCCAUGUACUGGGUUCCAAAGAAAACUGAUUUAUCAGACUUUGAGCUGGAAGUAUCCCAAAGGCAUUCAUGUUGAGACUUUAGAAACUGAAAAGAAAGAGCGAUACAUUGUUAUCAGCAAAGUAGAUGAAGAAGAACGCAGAAGAGAGCAGCAGAAACACGCUAAGGAACAGGAAGAACUGAAUGAUGCCGUGGGAUUUUCUAGAGUCAUUCAUGCCAUUGCUAAUUCGGGGAAGCUUGUCAUUGGACACAACAUGCUCUUGGAUGUCAUGCACAUUCAUCAGUUCUACUGCCCUCUGCCCGUGGACUUAAAUGAAUUUAAGGAGGUGACAACAUGUGUUUUCCCCAGGCUCUUGGAUACAAAAUUGAUGGCCAGCACACAACCUUUUAAGGAUAUCAUUAACAACACAUCCCUUGCAGAAUUGGAAAAGCGGUUAAAAGAGACACCUUUCAACCCUCCUAAAGUUGAAAGUGCAGAAGGCUUUCCGAGUUACGACACGGCUUCUGAGCAGCUCCACGAGGCCGGCUAUGAUGCUUAUAUUACAGGACUGUGUUUCAUCUCCAUGGCCAACUACCUAGGUUCUUUUCUUGGUCCUCCAAAGAGUCAUGUAUCUGCCAGAUCAAAACUCAUCGAACCUUUUUUUAACAAGUUAUUUCUUAUGAGAGUCAUGGAUAUCCCCUAUCUAAACUUGGAAGGACCAGACUUGCAGCCUAAACGUGAUCACGUCCUCCAUGUGACAUUCCCCAAAGAAUGGAAAACCAGCGACCUUUACCAGCUUUUCAGUGCCUUUGGUAACAUUGAGAUAUCCUGGAUUGAUGACACGUCAGCAUUUGUUUCUCUCAGCCAGCCUGAACAGGUACCAAUUGACUUAGCUUUGGAAUCAAACCCUUUUGACCACCCAAGGGCAAGCACAAUUUUCCGGAGCAAAUCUGAAACGGACGUGCGAGAAAAGAGGAAGAGCAACCAUUUAAACCAUGUAUCUCCAAGGAAGCUUACUAAAAGGUAUAGCUCAUGCCCAACCAUAUUUCCAGAUGACAGCACAGUCAGCGAGCCUAAUCUUAGAACCACAAUAAAAUGGGUGAGCUUAGAAAUAUAUAACCACAUAAAAAACAGAGAUUCUAAUAGGUCCUUGGACAUUUUUGAUGAGAGAUCACAUCCACUCACACGAGAAAGGGUUCCGGAGGAGUACUUUCAGCAUGAUCCUGAACCCAAAUACAUCUACAGAUUUGUGUAUGCUCUCUUCAGUGCCGCCCAGCUGGCUACUAUUAAAUGUGCAAUAGUGACUUUGGUUUACUUAGAAAGGCUUUUAACUUAUGCUGAGAUCGACCUUUGCCCCACUAACUGGAAAAGAAUUGUUUUGGGAGCCAUUCUUCUUGCCUCCAAGAUUUGGGACGAUAAGGCUAUUUCGGACUACUGCCAGAUCCUAAAGGACAUUACACUUGAGGACAUGAAUGAGGCGGAACUGCACUUUGUGGAGCUCCUCCAGUUUCAUCUUAAGGUUUCCACCAGUGUUUAUGCCAGAUACUACUUUGACCUUUUCUCCUUAGCAGAUGACGACAACCUGAGUUUUCCAAUUGCUCCUUUUAGCACAGAAAGAGCACAGAGCCUAGAGGCCAUCUCCAGACUGUGUGAAGACAAAUACAAAGUGGGCAGAGUUGCUGUGAGAAGGUCUUUCAGCGCUGAUCAUUUCAUUGGUAUUCAGCGCUCCAAUGCCAUCCUCUCAUGAACAGAGAGAGGUGAGGGGUUGUAACAUCAUGAACCCCUCGUAACAAGGACUGGAGAAAUACCACCUCUCCUGCUCAGAAACCAGCAAAGUUAGUAUUUCACCCAGAAGAAAGACACUGAAUUCAAGAGACUUGCAGACAGCAAAGGUUAUGGUCAUAGGAAAAAACUGGACCUUGUCAAGACAACACACUCUUCUGUCCUUUUUAAUGUAAACAGAGUUACAAAAACCACUCCAAAGCUAAAAGCUCCCAACCCACCCACAGAUAUUUGCUUACUGUGUAGGCCGAUAACUGUGAACUAUGUGAGGUUUUUUUAAUAGUUUAAAUUUUUAGACUUUAAAGACACUAACUGUAUAACUUUUACUUUUUCCUAUUUUUCUCACCCAUAUUGCUGCAUAUUCCUUUAGAAUCAGUGCAGUAUUGCCGUUCAAACACGGGACUCCUGACAACUCAUAUAGCCACUUAGGAACAGACUGCUGUAGCACUGUUAGGUUUUGAAGGAUUCUUCCUCCCUAUUUCAUUGAAGCUGCUAGUCAUUUUUGGCAAUCAGUUUAAACCAAAAAGCUGCUGAAUAACACUUGUCAUUCAGUUUUUUUGCAAGCACUACUUAUUAGCAUAUUAGCAUGUUUGGGAUCAUAAGCAGAGAAAGUAUGUUGUUACCUGCUUCUAUUGGGUCCCUGCUGCGUUUCUUGUUAACUCUAAUGGUGCUUCUCAUUUUCUGAUGAUUUUCCUCUUUGUUAAAUACUUGUAUUAAAGGAUAUUUUCAUAAUUGCAGCCAACCUGUUAGUCCAGGAAUAAGCAGAUAGUGAAAUAGAAGGUGUCCCAAAAGUCUUGGUGCAAUUUUAAGCUUUAAUACAGUGUGCUUGGACACUCCAGGACACUGCCGUGGAAGUAUAAAUGCUACAGACGCAAAAUGUGACUUGAAAGUUUACUUGAAUUUCUUCUAAACUCAUUUGGUUUUGUAAAUCUUAGAUGUUAAGCUUUUAAUUUGAAUUUUUUGUUUCAGUCCCUCUUGAAGAUGGCAAACAAUAGGCUAAAACAAAAGAUUAAAAUUAAGAGCUUAAUGUUUAAAAUUUACAAAACUAAAUGAGUUUAGAAGAAAUUCAAGUAAACUCUCAGGUGAUGUUUUGUAAGUUUGUAGCAUUUAUAUUUCUACAAGUAUCAAAGCUUCAAAUUGCACCAAGACUUCAGGAGGAUAUCUUGUAUCUUUAUAGACCUGGCCUCCUCUUUUUAAAAUAGUCCUUUGCCUGGCUGGGCUGUUGAUCUGCUUGAGCCCGGAAGUUUCUUUUUUAUAGGUUUGGUAAAGGAAUUACGAACAAUAGCAUUAGUUAUCGAUAAUAAACUGAAAGGAACUGGACCCUAGUAGUAGUGACAGGGAAGUAAGCGACAUGAAACAGCUUUUCUGUUCUGCGUGUUAACCUGGCUGUAGGUGUGUCAGUUCAAGUUGUUACUUGAGGAAAGAUAAAUCUUAGGAACCCUUACCUCAGGCUUUUUAAAACACAGGGUACCACUUAGCCACCAGGAAGCCCAUUAAAAGACAGGGAGGUCCAGUAAUCAGUCUUUUAGGAAAUUGGUAAUGAUGUCACCUAAAUGUGAAACAUUAAAAAAAAAAAGUGUUCUCAACUAUGUAAAAUCUUUCUCCUACCUUCUCAAACAUAAUCCUAGGAAUUUUGCCUGUAAACAAAGCAUUUCUGGGCUAUAAAUACUUUCUCUCUUUAUAGCAAGGCUUCAUAUUAUAUUGAGUGCCACAGGUUCCAUCAUUUUUAAAGGACAGAGACAUAAACGAUAAAUAAUGGAUAUAAAAUAUUACAGUCUACCACCUCAAAAAAUGUUGUUUAUGGAGCUUGGAGAUUCAAGUAUCGAUUGCAGUUUUAUUUUGAAAAGGAUGCUACAACUUGUGUGGUUUUUCUUCCUCAUGUUUAUAUUAAAAGAAAAGAAUAAAAGUAUUUUAAUUAAAAUA